AUUUUGAGAAAUUGCGGGCUACCAAACAUCCCCGCACCAGGAUUGCUGUCGAAUAAAAAAAAAGAAUACAGCAAAACCAACGAGCCCACUGGAACGAGUGAAAGACGAGAGGAAAAACCAUGGAAAACCUGAACUUUCUAAUGUUCCGCUACCCCCUUCUUUUACAUGAGCCGAAACUUGGGUUUCUUCGAGAUUGUACAUUUCAUACGGCAUUCAGGGCGGUAGCAGAAACGGAUGCAACAACGGAUAAAGAUCAACAUCAUGCGGAGGUUCAUCGGAGGAAGAUUUGCUGGAUCAACGAGGCUCAUGUCAACCUCAAGCAGGGCCCUUGGUUGGUGGGACCAUGUGAAACCAGCUCCUAAGGACCCCAUCAUUGGUGUCACGGAGGCUUUUCUUGCUGACACCAACCCCAACAAGAUCAAUCUUGGAGUGGGAGCUUACAGGGAUGAUGAGGGGAAACCAGUUGUUCUACAAUGCGUUCGAUAUGCGGAGUCAAAGAUUGCUGGUUGUGAGUUCCUGGAGUCAAAUGCUACUGAAGUGGGUUCAAAGUUGGUCGAGGAGAGUGUGAAACUGGCUUAUGGAAAACAUGCCCAUCUCAUAAAGGACGGGAGGGUUGCUGGAAUUCAAGCGCUCUCUGGUACUAGUGCCUGUCGACUGUUUGCUGAGUUGCAGAGGCGUUUCUAUCCUGAAUCACCAAUUUAUUUGCCUGAUUUUACUUGGUCCAACCAUCACAAUAUAUGGAGAGAUGCCCAAGUUCCAGAAAGAAGCUUCCGCUACUACCAUCCCAUUUCAAAGGGCUUAAACUUUGCAGCUCUAAUGGAUGAUGUCAAGAAUGCCCCAGAUGGUUCUUUUUUCUUGCUUCAUCCUUGUGCUCACAACCCAACUGGGGUUGACCCAACUGAAGAACAAUGGAGGGAAAUCUCAAACAAGUUUAAGGUAAAGAAUCACUUUCCCUUCUUUGACAUGGCUUACCAAGGCUUUGCAAGUGGAGAUGUUGAUACGGAUGCCCUACCAAUCCGGAUUUUUCUUGAAGAUGGACAUCUAAUAGGCUGUGCUCAAUCCUUUGCCAAAAACAUGGUAUUACAUGGGCACCGAGUUGGUUGUCUCAGUGUCCUAUGUGAUGACGUGAAGCGAGCGGUUGCAGUUAAAAGUCAACUGCAGCAGAUUGCCAGGGCAAUCUACAGCAAUCCUCCUGUUCACGGUAUAUUGUUGGUCUCGACAAUCUUGAGUGAUCCACAGACCAAGGUCCUCUGGUUCAAAGAGGUGAAGGUCAUGGCAAAUCGUAUUAAACAAAUGCGGAUUACUCUGCGUGAAACUCUCGAGAAGUUGGGUGGUCCUCUCAGUUGGGAGCACAUAACUAACCAGGUUGGGAUGUUUUGCUUCUUUGGCUUAACACCUGAUGAGAUUGAUCGGCUAGUAAGGGAAUUCCACGUAUACAUUACUCCAGAUGGACGAAUGAGCAUGGCGGGUGUAAACACAAGUAAUGUGAAUUACUUGGCAAAUGCGAUACAUGAAGUUAUGACAUAUGAACGAGAAGCAGGAACUAUGAUCAGUGGCAUCAGUCUCUAGUAUCUCAUUUAUACCACAUGUGCCCAUACAGUCUAUGCGAUGUUGCUUACUACAAAUGUUCAGUUAUAAAAGAGGAAAGCCCCAUGAAAUUGCAUCAUAGCGGCUAUAGCAAAACUAAUACACAUAUAUUGUCUAGGGUUACAGAGAAAUAGAUGAAAUUGCUUGCUUCUUGUUCUAGAGACAGGUGGAAACAUGGAAUAUUUACGGAUAAGAGAAGUACUGGUACUCUAUUAUGAGGUGGUUAAGCCAUUCUUUGGAUAGUAAUGACCUGAUUGAGUAGUUGGUACAAAA